CAACAUUGCAAUCACGUGUAUGUGUGAUGUGUAAAAGAAAACAAGAAGAACUCGAAAGACUCCAGUUAUCUCUUUAUUACUGGUUGGGACCUUUGCAUUUAAUCUUGUCACUUAUCAUUGGCGGUGUAUGAGCUCUCAGCGUAAAUUUUGUGUUUUUAAAGUCGUCAAAGUAGUUAACGUGGAGGAGCCAGUGGGCUUCAUUUGUUGUCAUAUCUGAUUUCGUUUGAUAAGAAAGUUGUGACAAGCUGGCAUUUAAAUGAUAGGUUACUGAUUCAAUCUAUUGUAAAGGGGGGAAAAGUAAAGAGACACUUUCAGAAUAUUUUUACAAAAAAAUGUUGACAUUUUCAUCAUUACUACUGCUAAGCUCAGUGCUUGGUUGCAUUAUUAUGCCAAUCCAAGUUGUGGAAGCUGCAGAAAAUGCUGACAGUGAACUACCAUUGUACUAUGGCUGGUUUGUUGAAACUGAGUAUUCAUCCAGUUUCUUGAACAGAAGCCGUAAAAUGUUGGCCGACACUCUUCAAGAAAUUCCAGAUUUCUUGAAAGAUGUACAAAACUUUACUCAGAAAACAUACAUAACUGACAUCUUAUUGCAUUACACAAGAGAAAAUGCUGAUGAAGUUCUUCAUUGUACUGCAAUGUAUAAUGGAGUUUCUCCCAACUAUGUUCCAGGGGCUCAAGAAUAUUCUGAGAAACAGGUUGUGAAGGAAAAUCUUAAUCAGGUCUCGACUCUCCAUUCGAUUGGUUGGAUCCUAACUCCUCGCACUUUCGGUGCCCGUAUCAAAUUAACGAAGAAUCAGCUGUUGGUCUGGAAUCAGAACGAUACUGAAGGAAACCCUAAAGAAGCAAAAGUCAACACAAAAACAUUUAUUACUCCAAUCACCUAUGGUCAAAACCUUCGAGCAUAUAAAGAAAACUCGACAGAUCAAGACCCUGACGUUAUGGGAAAUUUCCAACCAACGUCCGGAAAUGGAAGCAAAGCGCAUUUGACAUUGGGUUGCUCACCUGGCGUCGGUGCUGUUACAACAGGAUACGAUCUUGUGGAUCUGAUUCGUUUGGAAGGUAUAAACGGAAGCGAAGUGAAAACCUACGACAUACCAAAAGGUGGGUGGCUAAGGAAUUAUGGAAAUGGGCAGUGGGUUUUCUACCCAACUAAACAGUUUUUACUUGAGAGUACCUUUCUCGGUUACGACAGCGGAACUCACCAACUUGCGGCUUCGUUUAGCUUAUUGUGUUUGUGUUGCGCCUUUGCGAUUCUUACUAAGCAAAAACUAUAGUUAGCUCAAUUCUAAAUCCAUUUGCCUCUCUUCCGUAAACGUGUAAAUCGGAAAUUGCUAAACAUUCAAUAACUUUGUGAACUUGAUUAAAGUUAUGAAAUUGGUAA